AUGCACACAAUGGCAAUCAGACGCGAUCCAGAUCUUCAUGAAUUUGCAGCUCUGACUGCCAAUGACGAAUCCGCCAUCGCCUUCGCAAGGGAAUGUCACCUCCUCCCUCAAGCCAGCACACAACCUCCCCCAUGCAAGUACCCCGGCUGCCCAGGGACCCUGUACGACUCAACAAGAAAACACAAAAGCGGAAACACUUUUCCCAUCGUGAUGUGCCGCAAAUGCAAGCGGUACUGGAGCUCCGGGAAUGGCCCUGAUGUCCUCGGGGGUCCAGCAGCAGGUCGAAAUGGAGGCACUUUUUUUUCUUUUAAGGACGAUCCGACAGUCACAAAAUGGCUGGCCUCCAUGCUGUCCUCUAAACGUGAGGAGACCCUCGUUCACUGGCGUAACUUCAUUCGGGAGCUCCUGUACCGCAAGCUGGAGAGCGCACCUCCGAUGGGCGGCCCUGGGCAGAUAGUGGAAAUCGAUGAAAGCUGUUUCCGGGGUAGACGCAAGAACAACAAGGGGAGGUUGAUGGCUGGCAAUAACUUCCCUCCCGCUCGUCAGAAUUACGGUGGUCUAUCAAAUCCGAUAGCCUCAAACGCGCUUCCCUGGGGAACGACUUCGGUCAUCGCUAUCGCAGCGGGUAAUACGGCCAAUUUCGCAAGCCCAAACUUUGGCGCUCUUUAUCCUGGAGGGUUCGCUCGAACCACCAUAUUCACGUGUCCGUUCGCCAUGACGAUGAACUGCCCCACUAUCCAGAUCCAAUGGUCACCCUUCUGCUUAGCUGACUAUCUGAAAAUCUCCGGCAAUGGUGAUCGAAUCUUGUGCGGGGCCACUUCGUUGAGCGCCUACAGCGUCCCAAGAGGCGGGACUCUGAGGACCGAAUUCAGAACGGAUCUCAUCAACAGCGACCAGGGCUUCUCAUGCACCAUCGCAUGUGCAACAGCCUGA